AUGACGGGGCCGAAUGAUGGUACUCAAGGAGCCCUCCCAGCCGGUGACGAGCUCCGCAGGAACCUUGAACAACUCAAAGACGAUUUGCAGAAGCAGCAAGAUUACGACAAUGAACGCGAAGAGCUGUUACAAGAGCAAACCGACAGUUGGGAUUCACGUGCUAAGAGGUCCGCUUCAGAUGAUGAGAAAAAGGCAGCCGAGAUAGUGCGGAGAAUAAGGGAACAUGAGAGAGAUAAUCUCUUUGGUAAUAAAGCUUCUGAGCUAAUACCAGGCCCGAAGACUCGGGACAUGGGUGGUCAAUUUCUUACGAACAUGGAUCGCAUUCACGAGAGCCAUUUAUUUAAGAUAACUGCUCGUAUGCCUAAGGGUGCACAUCUACAUCAGCAUUUCAACUCGGAGCUUCCAGUCACUCUUCUACUGGAACGGGCUCGAAACAUGGAAGAUAAUAUGUACAUACGGAGUACACAGCCUCUACUGCAAGAAGAAGACUACUACAAGGCUGAAAUAGUCUUCAAUGUCCUUCCAGCGGAUACUCCGGAGGCAGAUCCCUUCGCUUCAAGCUAUAAUCCUGAAUGGAAGUCUGGACAGAACAAUCCUUGGAUGAAAUGGAAAACCUUCCGGAAUGAGUUUGCCCAGCGUCGAAAUGGGGGAGACGCAGAACCCUGGGUAAAGGGUAAAAUGAUACUUGGAGAAGACGAGGUAUACGGAAAAGAGCAAACCGUAAAUGGUAUUUGGGCCCGCUUUAAUCAGGCGACGCGUUGCUUCAAAGGCCUCCUCAACUACAAGAGCGUUUACCAAUGGUAUAUCAAGGCAGCCAUCGAAGCCAUGAUCGAUGACGGAGUGAUGUAUGCCGAGCUACGACCGAUGCUUAUGGAUAAAUCUAUACCUUCAGACGAUGGUAAGGAGAAAAUCGACCUCAGCAACCAGAUGCGCAUUAUCACGGAGGCGGUGAAAGAGAAAAUGGAUGAGCUUGCAAGGGAUGGCAAAUCCCACGUCUUUCCUUUUGGCAUCAAGAUCAUCUAUUGUACGCCUCGCUCUAUCCCUAAAGCGAAGAUGAUAAGUGAGCUUGAAGACUGCAUCAAGCUUAAGCAGGAAUUUCCAAAGCUUAUCUGUGGGUUUGACCUUGUGGGUGCGGAGGAUCGCCCAAAUUCCAUAGGGUUUUAUCGCGACGAGUUAAUGGCCUUCACCAAGACCUGUGAAAGGCUGGGAAUCGAAAUCCCGUUCAUGUUCCACGCUGGUGAAACACUCCUCGACACGGGUGGUUCGAAGGACCCAAAGAAGUCAAAUCUUUACGAAUCAGUCCUCCUUAAAGCUAAGCGUGUGGGCCAUGGCUUUGCCCUCACCAAGCACCCUCGUCUCAUUAAGGCGUUCAAAGACAACAACAUCUGCAUAGAGCUGUGUCCGGUUUCAAACGAACUCCUUCACCUGUGUCGCAAUGUUAAGGAACACCCAUUCCCGGAGCUUCUUGCAGCCGGCAUCCCGUGUACCGUCAAUGCAGACAACAUCACAUUAUUCGGUGCCAGGAUGUCCCACGAGUUCUACCAGGUCAUGGUCGGUACGCCAACUAUGAGCUUACAUGGCUGGCGCCAGCUGGCUGAAUGGAGCUUGGAGUAUAGUUGCCUGAACGAUGCGGAUCAAGAAAAGGGACUGGAGUACUUUCAUGAAGCGUGGGAGAACUUUUGCCGAUGGGUCGUUGAAGAGUACAGCGAGUACGCUGCAGGGCUGGACAUCAACGAGUAA